GUACUUACCACAUGCUAUCACACAUUUUAUGAGAUCCUCUGUUAACCUUUUCAAUGUCUCCACAUAUUACUACACUGACAAAGGAAUCAGAUUGCAAUUGUUGUUUAAGGAUGUCGUCCUUAGCUCAGGGUACUUGGAAUUAGCACAAGAAGCUGAAAAGCAUCUUUUGGCUUGUUCUUUCUGAUGGCUUUGUUGAAUGUAGGACCACAGUUCUCCACUCUGUUGAAGCCAUAUGCUGUUUAAUUUAUCCAUUUACAAGUAACAUCAAAUCCACUUUUUGUAUGUAUCCUUGUCUUUAUAGGCAUAUUUUGCUUAUACUUGCUACUGUGAGCUUUUGUUUUGCUGUUGGUAUGUGGAAUCCUCAUUCAAUGUAUGAAAGUAGCUUCAAUGGAGAUAAACAGUGAAAUCUUUCGGAAUUACUGAUUGAAGAUAUCACUAUCUUCUCCCAUCAAAAUUAAAAGCAUUAAUCGAGCGAGAAUUUACUAACAAAGAUCUGAACAGUUCGGGAGAACUUGUUGGUUUCCGUGAAGGAUUGAAUUUCUCUUCUGCAGGAAGUAUACGCAAACUAAUAAGGCCUUUAAAGAUAUGAAAAAUCGAAUUGAAUAUCUGAUUAGUUUAGUUUAUUCAAGGAUCAUUGAAUCAGCGCAAGGGCUUACCUAAUACUAAUUGAGAGCCAAUGAAAAUGGUAAGUCCAAUUGCAAUCAUAAAUGCAAUCAAAGAGAAGGUCAUCUUCUUUGGCUUCACAUGAAAGAGCAGGAAUUAACAAUAAGCAAGUUGCUGCCAAAGCCUUGGUUAGUCAAUGCUGGUCACUAUCAUGAUAAAAUAUACAUCUAUACAGUCCACCUAACUAUGUUCUUGGCUUGAACAUAAGAAACUACAAGGUGUAUAGCAUCAGAGAGAGAGAGAGAGAGAGAGAGAGAGGAGCUCAAAGGAUAUUUGAAGCACCAUGGCAAUAGAAGACCUUGUGGACUGGAGGGGAAACCCAGUUGACAAAAAGUGGCAUGGGGGAGUUAGAGCAGCAUGUUUCCUCUACUUCCUAGUACUGGUGACUAACAUUGCUAAUGUGGCCAACAUGCUCAACUUGGUUGCCUACCUGCAUAGCAUCAUGCACACGGGCGUCGCAAGCUCUUCAACAAUGGUCACCAACUUCAUCGGUGCUAUGUCUGGAUUCUCUCUCGUGGGGGCCAUCAUCUCCGAUUCGUACAUAUCGCGGUUUAAAACCAUGCUCAUAUUUGGCCCCUUGGAGUUCUUGGGCUAUGGACUACUAGCACUGCAAGCACAUCUCCCUUCACUCCACCCGCAAUCAUGCGACAUAAACGCUCAAUCGAGCAAUUGCGAGGAAGUUCACGGUCUAAACUCCACCAUUCUUUACAUAGCAAUGUACACUAUUGCAUUCGGUGAGGGAUGCAUUAGAGCAUGCUUACCAUCUCUUGGAGGAGACCAGUUUGAUGGUGAGGACCCAGUCGAGUCGCGGCUUAAGUCGAGUUUCUUCAACUGGUUCACCUUUGGCAUCUCCUUGGGGGGCUUCAUAGGACUAACACUCAUAGUUUGGAUUGAGAACAACAAAGGGUGGGAUGUCGGUUUAGGCAUUUGCUGUUUCUUGGUCCUUUCAGGAUUGAUAGUGGUGGCAUGCGGCUUCCCUUUCUAUCGCAACCAAGUGCCGAAAGGAAGCCCCCUUACUCGAAUGUUGCAGGUAUUUGUGGCUGCAUUCAGAAACAGAAAGCUUGAAUUAUCCGAAAAGACAGAAGAAUUACCACAAAUUGCUAACAAAGAAUCAGACAGCAUUGAAGUGCUUCCUCACACAAAGGGUCUCAAAUUCCUUAAUAAAGCUUCGAUUAACCACGGAAAAGGCGGAGCUUGGUCCUCCUGCAGUGCGACCCAAGUGGAAGAAACUAAGAUUGUCCUCCGAAUGCUUCCAAUCUUCAUCAGCUCUGUAAUCGGCUACAUGCCAAUUGCGUCACUCCUCACAUUCACAAUAGAACAAGGCAGUACCAUGAACACAAAACUCGGGAAAAUCCACAUAUCUCCGGCCUCUCUCUUCGUAAUCCCAAUCAUAUUCCAAAUGGCAAUCCUUGUUAUCUACGACCGAGUUAUUGUACCAAUCACUCGAAAACUCACCGGUCGAGUAGGCGGCAUUACUCACUUACAAAGGAUCGGCAUCGGAUUCAUGUCGGUACUACUGGCAACAAUAGUGGCUGCUUUAGUGGAGCGAAGGAGAAAGAAAGUCGCAGAAGAGAAUGGCCUCACGGACUUCGGAAGUGGCGUGCCCAUGUCGAUAUUUUGGCUAUCAAUUCAGUUUUUCUUUCUUGGGGUGGCAGACGUAACUUCCUUUGUUGGUUUGUUAGAGUUCUUCAACAGUGAGGCAUCAAGAGGAAUGAAAUCUGUAGGUACAGCAAUAUUUUGGUGCAUACUUGGGAUAGCUUCAUGGUUUGCGAGUUUUCUAGUUGAGGUGGUGAACAAAGCUACAAGGGAUAGGGAAAGGGGAAGAGUGGGGUGGUUAGAAGGGGCCAAUUUGAAUAAGAGCUACUUGGAUAGAUUCUAUUGGCUACUCUCUCUGAUCGGUUUGUUGAGCUUCUUAAACUACUUGUAUUGGGCGAGGAGAUAUGUUUAUAGGCAUAAUCCAAGCAUUGUAGAUGCAGAAAAAAAGAGCUUCCCUUGA